AUGCCAUAUACAACACCUUAUGAAUGGCUUCAACCGAGCUCGAAGGAAAUUGCUACUCGAAAAGAUGUUCCAUACCUUCCUUAUGUCAUUGGUUCUAAUGGAAGUGUUUCCCCAGAGACGCAUGGUACACAUCGUAGGCUUUUAGAUGGAUACGCAGAUCUUGCCGUCUACGAAUUACUCACAGCAGCAGAAGAAUAUAAGAUGACAACGUUAAUCGUCCGUUUCAUAAGGAUCGAUAAGGAUGAAUCGAGUUGGAUGACGUAUCGGAUUCAAGGAAGGUACAUAGUGGAGAAAGUGGCUACAACGAGACCUAUGGGAGUCGAAUUAGAUACCAUUCGAAUGGAACCAGGAAUUUACGGGCCGCCAGCUUUGACUGGAACCGAUUUUGAAGUAACUCAAACUGGUGUAGCGUCUACCGAAGAUAAGUCUGGAAGAGGGUCAGAAGACUAUGAUGAAUGGAUGGCAUACAGCACUCCGGGCUUCAUUUUGGAAUUGGUCGAAAGAGUACGCUUUACUUCAUUCAGAUCCGUCGUCUUUCACACACAUAGACUCAAAUAG